UGUUUCGAAAUAGAGGUUAUCAAAAUUUAAGUUUGGAUUUCGAUUUCUGAACAUUUCGAAAGAGUGUGAAAUCGUAAACAGAUUUUUCAAAAUGGGUCUACUAACAAUCCUAAAGAAAAUGAAAGAGAAGGAAAGAGAAGUUAGACUGCUGAUGCUAGGGCUUGAUAAUGCUGGCAAAACUACAAUUCUGAAGAAGUUCAAUGGGGAGGAUAUAGAUACAAUAAGUCCAACACUUGGUUUUAACAUAAAAACUUUAGAACAUAGAGGGUUUCAACUUAAUAUUUGGGAUGUUGGAGGUCAAAAGUCACUUAGAUCUUAUUGGAGAAACUAUUUUGAAAGCACAGAUGGUUUAAUUUGGGUUGUUGAUAGUGCAGAUAAAUGGAGACUAGAAGACUGUAAAAAAGAAUUAUCAUCUUUGUUGGUCGAAGAGAGAUUGGCUGGUGCAACAUUAUUAGUUUUUGCAAAUAAGCAAGAUCUACCAGGUUCAUUGAACGCCCAAGAGAUAAAAGAGGCCUUGAGUUUAGAUGAAAUAAAAACACAUCACUGGUACAUAUGUGGGUGCAGUGCUGUAACUGGAGAUCAUCUUCUUGAAGGAAUGGACUGGAUAACUUCUGACAUCGCCUCCAGAAUAUUCACAAUGGAUUAA